AAGCAAGGUCCCAUACGGGUACGCUGUAGAUCAAAAUUGAAGUGCCAUUCUUAAUUACACAACCCAAAUAUACAGUAUACCAGAGUCUUAACAUCGUAACCUAGGUACCUACCUUUGCCUAGUCUCACGCUUGCAUAUUGCAUACAUAUUGCCUCACAACUGCGGUUGUGUCGGAAGUUCUAAUCUCAUCUUGAACCUAAAUUGGAUCAAGGCGAGAGGACAAAUGAAGUGCGAUUGCGCAAGACGUCGCUGCCUUGUCAGCCUUUGCACUGCGACAGUCGAUUGUCCGUGAUUGGCUCGUCCGCAUUUGAUAACAUUGGGCGACAUACGGAGUAUGUGCGCCCUUUGCUUUGACAUGUGGGACACCCCUCGUCCGACUAGGUACUGAAUCAGCCUCUCGUCUUGCUAUAAGAAGGACUGCAGCAGAUGAUUGUGCUCGAGAGUCGGUGUAAGAGAAAAUAAAAUUCAUGAACAGACCUCUUAUCUACAUCUACGUUUCCUUCUACGCCUUUUCCAAGAGCGUGCACAAUUAGCUAGCCCAUCACACCAAAACGAACGCGAAGAUGGUGCGAAUCGAACCCUUUCAUGUUGAGCAGUGGAUGGACAAAUACGAAACAAAGCAGAAUGUCCUCAACGUGAGCGAAACAUGCGUGUCAUCCCAGUCUAUCGACGACUUGCUUGAAUUGUCGAAUGACAAGUCUUCGAUAUGUUCGGUCUUUUCGACGUCGAGAAAGCUCACGUACGGCGCGAUCCUUGGUUCCGAGUCUUUACGCAGCUCAGUCGCGGGGCUGUACAGCACGGAGGCGGGAACUCGACUGUCCCCUGAAAACGUUUUGAUAACACCCGGCGCUAUUUUUGCCAACUUCCUCCUCUACUACACGCUUAUCGGACCAGGUGAUCACAUUGUCUGCGUCUAUCCCACCUAUCAGCAGCUUUACUCUGUUCCUCAGAGCCUUGGGGCAGAGGUUUCGCUGUGGAGGUUGUCCAAGGAGAACAGUUACGUCCCCAACAUGGAGGAGCUGACGGGCUUGGUUAAGACCAAUACCAAGAUGAUUGUUGUUAAUAAUCCCAACAACCCUACGGGUGCCCCAAUCCCAAGAGGGACCUUGGAGGAAAUUGUCCAGUUUGCGCGUAGAAGAAACAUAAUUGUAUUUUCAGACGAGGUUUACCGGCCAUUGUUCCACAGCCUUCAAAAACACGUCGACCAACCACCUUCGAUCCUGUCCAUGAACUAUGACAAAGCCAUAGCCACAGGGUCCAUGUCCAAGGCCUGGUCGCUUGCCGGCGUACGGGUAGGAUGGGUUGCCUGUCGUGACAGGAGCAUUAUCGAAACCAUGGCUACUGCGCGCGACUACACAACAAUCAGCGUAUCGCAGCUCGACGACCAGCUCGCGAGCUUUGCCCUGUCCGAUCCGGUGAGACCAGCCCUGCUGGACAGGAACAUGAAGUUGGCGCACAGGAACCUGUGCUUGCUCGAGGACUUUGUCAAGACGCACGACAAAAUCUGUUCUUGGGUUAAACCUCAAGCUGGCACAACUGCAUUUAUCCAAUUAUCCAAGCAGGGCAAGCCCGUGGAUGAUGAAAAGUUCUGCAUCGAUGCCAUCAAUACCAUCAAUGUAAUGUUGGUUCCGGGAUCGAAAUGCUUUGGAAACGGUGUUGACGGCGAUUUUAAAGGCUACAUCCGCUUGGGCUACGCCUGUGAGACGGACGUUCUUAAAGAAGCACUGAAGAGGCUGGGGGGCUAUAUUGAGCAAAAUCUGAGCUAGGUAAACGGCGUUGGUUGUGGAUAUAAUUCCACCGGUUGUUUACGGUGACUGUAAAUAUGACGAGCGCCAAAACAGCUGGUUGAAAAUUAGCGACAUGGACUGUUAUAACAAGAAGGAUCUGUAGCAUCAGGUAGUGUAAGGCGCUGCAGCAUAGCUCCACAUUUAACCCGCACACAUGGUAAAAUGGCCUUUUAAUUUAGCGCCUAACCGAGGUUGAAACAGGUUGAAGUAAGUUUACUGGUAGCAACGUCCAUUACAGGAAUUUUGUUCCACGCG